AUGGAGGAUGCGCCUGCUGGUCAGGAUGCCCACAAGUAUGUGGCUGCAAGUGGCGAGCUGCGUGCAAUUAUCAAAAAAUCUUCUCCUCUGCUCCGGAGCCAAAAGUUGCCGAUUACUUCUUUCCAGAUAAGCAAGGCACAGGCAGGAAGUCUGGACGAGGCUUUGCGAAUAUGCAGGCUUUGCUAUGUCCGCUUGGAGGAUGGCGAGGAUGGCAUGUCGAGGGACGACGUGAAAGAUCUCAAGAAGCAGAUGCUUGGAAUGCCGAUCCGGCCAACCAAACGAAGGCCAGCUGCCCAAGCAGCUCGGGACGGAGACGCCAAUUUGAAUGAGGUCAAAGCAGAGCCGGUGAGACCACGGAAGGCAGUGACCCCAGCUGCCUUCAAACGGCCUUCCGAGGGCGAGGACUUGCUCGCCAGGGCAGUUGUGAAGGAUUUCGAUGAGGCUCGAAUCUCUCCUGACGAGAUGGGUAUCGACACUGGCUUCAAAGGUCGUCGCGGCCUGCCUUUUGACAGCCCUGUUCGCCCGGAUCUUCGUCCAAAGUACGAGUUCGUCAUUGCCACAGAUGGGGGCUGCGAUGGUGCCAGAAAAUUUUCCCACGCAUUCCGCGAUGCCAAGCCAUUGCAAAACUGGGGUCACGAGAGACACUGUGACUUGUGCAACCGCGGGUGCGAAAGCAAUCUGUUUCUGCUGCGCUGCUUUGAUCGAACUUCCAGGCCAUUCCGUUUGCACAAGGCAUUGAUCUACGCUGGGCCGGAGUGCAGCAAAGCAUUGCUUCGAGAAAAGCGGAGGUCGUAUGCGAAGAACAUGCGUGACUUGCAGCAAAAGUUGCGGAGCAUCCUCACCAGGGAGACUUGGAGAGAGGAAGUGCAAUCCAUCAUCGACGGCGGCAAGUCUUUGAACUUCGUGUUAAAGGCGCUGCAAGCAGUCUUGGGCAUGGACAGGCGUGACAAGCUGGCCAGUCGACAAGAUGCGGGAAGACGUGAUCCAAUCAGUCGAAGAUCAGAUCCGGUGCUGACCCGUACGACGAAGCCCUUGGCAUUCGGUGCUCUGGAGUCUCGGUUGAAGCCACACGACUUGAAAGUGCAGCGUUCCGGCUCGAUGUGGACAGCCUUCGCGCGAGCUUUGAGGCAGGGGGGAAGGCUUACCCAGCUGGCUACGCGGAUCCGGGCACUUUGCAGCUCAGCUCCAGCAGAAGCAGAUGAAGAGCAAAGGCUGAAGGACUUCCUGGCCAAGAUCUCUUGCAACGCCCAAGUGUGGGAUGCCGAUGAAGCCAACGACCGUUGCUUGUCGAUCUGCACGUCUCCCAUCGCCACUUUGCAGUUGUGCUGUAUCUACGGCCAGUUCCACGGGGCCGGGGUGGGACUGAGUGCAGUGGAGCUGACAGCGGUCAAGACCAAGGUCCCCGAGAUCUUUGAAUAUGUGAGGUCUCCUGAGUCCGAUGAUGUCCAGGCUCUGGCGCUUCCGGUUGAGCCCGAGUCAGAUACCGCGCACUCCGUGCACAGCAGUGACUCCGAGCAGCCGAGAUCUCCCAAGCCUGCGGAGAUUCGCAGCGCCGAGGAGCUGGGCCCACCUGUUUCUGAGCUGAAGCGUCGUGCUGACGUGGCCGCUGCUCUUUUGGGGAAGGCCGUGCAGGCAAGUGCACCGCGGCUUGAACCCGCCCCAGCCCAAGCCAGAGCCGAGGCAUCUGACGCACCGAGACAUGCUCUUGGCCCCCCGCACUCUCCCAACUCUCAACUGGGAAGGACAAGGAAAGAGCCAACGGCAACAACCGAAGGUCCAAGCUCGGCGCGCGCAGCUCCAGCAGCUGCAAAACGGAGCUUUUCAAGCGCCGCGGGUCCUGCGCACCAAGGGAGAUCGGUUGACAGGGUGUUGCUUGGUUACCGGGACCGCAACAAAAGGAUGAAGAUAGAGAUAGAGGACACUGUCGACAUCCCCACUUGCCGUCGCGGCCGUCUUCUAGGCACAGACGGCUCAAACGUGAAAGAGCUUGAGAAGAAGUAUGACGUGAAGAUCAAGACGCCAAAGGUUUACGACACCGACCCUUGGUCUAGGACGACCGUAACAGUUCGAGGCUCUGACGAAGACGUCGAUGCAGUUGUGGCUCUCAUCCGACGGGACCAUCAUCGGGAGAUUGUGAUCUUUCCUUCGAUUAAAAGCUUUGAGGAUGAUGGUGGAAGCAGACGCUUGAAUGACCUGGCGAGGAGGCAUGCUGUAUUGACAAAAUGGUACCCGGACAAGCUCCAAGUGGUGAUCGUUGGUGAGCUCGUUGCUGUGCGACGUGUGGCACAGAAGCUGCAGGUCAAGGUCAAGCAUGAGAGCAUUCAGAUCUCGCCGAAGCUCAUGGAUGAUUACGAUCGCGAUCUGCUUCCCAAGCUUAGAGGUCUCCCCGGAAUCCAGGGGUCCACAUAUGAUGCGUCUGAUGGUGUCAUCCGCUUUAUGGGGAAGGCCGAGGCUGUGGAUGCUGCACUGCAGAGAGUGAUCGACUGGACACGAGAUCGUGAACCGCCGGCAAAAGACAGGGAUUUUGCGGAGAUCCUUGAGUCGUUUGCUCCUCACGAGCGUGGUGCCAUCGGUGAGAUGUGGGACGAACUUUGA